AUGUCAAUGCACGUCUUAGUCGUUGCAGAAAGUAUUAUAAGUGGUCACCGAUUGGUGCGCGUCAGAGAAAGAUUGGCUGACAAAUUAGAAUUUAUAUAUUUUGAUCCUUAUAUUCAACAGAAGACGCUAUAUAAAGAAAAGAAAAAAUUACAUAGCUUAUAAUUCGCAAAUAUUACGGUGUAUUUGGCAAUUUACAAAAUUUCCUUGCUUGGUAUAUAUUAAAACGAUGUAUUUAUCCGAUCUUAUUUUAUUUUAUAGAUACAAUACAAACUUAAUGUUAUACAAAUAACAAGUAGAGAAGAGAUCAAGAAUGAUUCUGUAAUAUAAAAAAUGGCUGUAAAUAAAUAAAUGAAAAAAAUUAUAUGAUAACAUAAAA